UAGUGCUCAUUGUGGCAGAAUUGCAGUGCACUGGACUAUACAGAGCAGGGUACCAUCCAGGCUGUUGUCUGUGAGGGGUGGGGUCCGGCUACACUGAUACCACCAAACACAAGCUCACAGAGGGACACAGAGAGGCAGAAAAAGGGGAGAAAAAAAGAGAGAGAAGAGGGGGGAAGAUUGCACCUGAAGAGGAAUAUAAUACGGGAUGAAAGGAGACACCCCAGUGAACAGCACCAUGAGCGUCGGCCAGGCCAGGAAACUGGUGGAGCAACUGAAGAUAGAGGCUAGCUUCUGCAGGAUAAAGGUAUCAAAGGCAGCGGCCGACCUGAUGGCAUACUGCGACGCACACGCCUGUGACGACCCCCUGAUCACCCCCGUGCCCACCUCAGAGAACCCUUUCAGGGAGAAGAAAUUCUUCUGCGCUCUGCUUUGAGACAAAUCAGGGAUUGUUGUGAUUUAAAAGUACAACUGUACAGUAUGUACAUGUAUGUACAGUGUGUACGCGUACUUCCAAUUGAAAUAAGACAUCAAUGUACUAUAGUAACCUUGCAUAAAAGCUGCCGAUGUACAGUACAUAAUCGACUACAAAAUGUCUCGAACUAAAUUCUUUAACUGCUGACAUCUGUCUCAAUGUUUAGAGGGGGAAAACAAAAAUAACACGGGGAUCUGAAAACCUAAAUCAAUCAACAAAGACCCAAAAAAACACGACUAGAGGUCUAAAGAAAAGAAAUUUCAAGAACAGAUAUCACCUGGUUGAAAACAUGUACAUCUCAUGCUCAUAUGUUUAUUACAGGUAACUGCCAAAAAGGACGACAUUCGGAGCAUCAAGUGUCUUAACAGGCUCCACCAGUCACAGGAACUCAUUCAUGUGAAUCCUGCAGCAUUUGAAACAUUUAACUGGGACGCUAAAUUCCCACAUUAGGUCUAUGGAUUAUGGUGGUGCUACAUGUAUCAGAUGCUGCUCUGAUAGGUCAGGGCUGUUCUCCCCCCACAUAAGCUGUCCAUACAUUUGAGAUCCGGCAACUGAGAAAAAGACGAGCCUAUGUUAGGUAAUUAAGUAUGACAUUUCCCAUAAAUGACACCAUUUCCAUUUGGUGACUACUCGUAGAUGGAGGUAAUAACCCACCAUCUUCCAUCAGAAUAGAGAGCAGAGGUCUUCAUACCAAAUGUUUUUUCCAUCAACAUUUAGAUUGUCUUUUAGAGCUGCGGCCCAUCUAUUGUUAAUAUAUUUUGUAUUCUUUAUUCACUGGGGUUUCCUCUGUUUUGGCAGUUACUUGUAUCUACCAAGGACAACAACUAUUUAUGAGUGGAUUAUGAUCAUAUAAUCAAUUUCUUUCAAGGUUUUAUUAAGAUUUUAGCAUUUUGCUCAUUUCUAUACUGUUGCUGUAGUGUGGAUGUGGACACGUGUGUGUGUGUGUGCAUAGGUGCUACUGUGAAACUUAAGCAACAACUCUGAGCAUCUGAUCACUGUCAUAUCAAGAUUUUAUAGUUCAAUAGCACACAGACCCAAAUUAAGAAUAAAAAAGAAAUAAAAAAUCUAAAAAAACAUUCCAGGGGUUAUGGAUAUUCAAUAUACAACCUAAGCCAUUGAAGCAGAAUCAGAUAUUCGGUUACUAUGAGUCUGUCACGUCAACAGUUUUCUAUUUCUUUGAGGCAAAAAACAGCAGUUAUAUUGUACUUUUACAGACAGGUGUACAUCAUCAUUUGAACUGAUCAGGUCUGAGGUCCGUUUCUAGAAAAAUCAAGGAAAAGACUAAUGUUUCUAUUCAUUCACAUAAAACGAGGGCUGAUGAGAAUGACCUGGGAAUUUCCAUUUUAAUUAAAAGUUUCACUUUCUCCAUGGUUAUUUCUCCAUCUACAGUACAGGCAAUUGUUUGGUUCUGUUUAAUCAUAUCCACAAAAAAAACAAAAACUGCUCUUCUUCUAGCAUCUUUGACAUGAUGAAACCUUUGGGAGCACCUGCUCUGGACCAUUUUAAAAAAAUAAAUAAAUAACAUGUAUUUUAAAAGUCCUGCAAAUAUCAAAUUUGGAGCUUUGGUCAAAAAAAGUAACCAUGGAAAAUCAAGCAUUGAAAUAAAACCUCCUGUCAUCAAAA